AUGGCUGAUAUUUCUGAGGGUUCUGAUGGUAGUCAAAUACCAGACCCUAUUCCUUUUAGACAACAAUGUUGUUCUGCAGAAGUGGUGGAAUCAUGUUACAAUGUUCUUAAUCUAGAAGCACCAGCAGUAGUAUUGGCACCACAAGAACUUAUAGACUUUGUGCAGCUGAAUUCUUCAACAGUUCAUGAUCAUAAUCAUCAUAAUCAUGAUCAUAAUCAUCAUAAUCAUCAUAAUCAUCAUAAUAAUGUAUGUCAUCCAGCUACUCUUCAAGAAUCAUUGGAUUACAUAAAAGAACAUGGUAUUAGUCAAGAGAAAAAUUACCCAUAUGUUGGAGGAAGAAAACCAUUUGUCAUCAACAUUCAUGAUAGGCCCACACGAAACAAAGUAAAAAUUGGAGGUUUUGUUUCGCUUAACAAUGGAGAAACAAUUAAUAGUCGUGUUGCUUGUCAUCCGAUUGCUGCUUUUAUGUAUCUUACUAAUGAAUUUGUCAAAAGGAAUGAGGCUGGAAUUUACAAAGUAACUUCGGAUGAUUCGGUGAUAAUGUGUACUAAUCGAUUGUCGGGUGGACCAUUAACUCAUGCUGUUUUAGUGGUGGGAUUUGGUAAAGAUCAAGAUAGCGAUGAUAUUUAUUGGAUUAUAAAAAACUCUUUUGGCGAAGAUUGGGGCGAUAAGGGAUUUCGAAAAAUCUGUAGACGUUCUAGGUUUUUAGGAAAACCUCUUCUGUUUAAUGCUGUUUAUCCAUUUGACCUAGUUAUGCAUGAAAAUGUUUAG